UCUCUCUCUCUCUCUCUCCCCCAUGUAAAAGGAAAAUAUAAAUUGUCUAUCAACCUAAAAAUGAUUCUGCAUUUCUGAAGAAGCAUGACCAUGGCUUGCAGUCCUUUCUUCUCACCCUGCCUCGGUUCUCUUUGGUCCACAAAACCCACUAAACAUCUCCCUUGUCAUUUCUCUACUCCUUUCCAAUAUAGCAACAAGAGAGAGUUCCCAUUGGCUGCAGUAGCUUCAGUCCCAUACAUACCUGCUAAUGUAGACUAUUUGGAGACACAGUUCAGUGGCCAUGGAGUCACCUUUGAGGGUAUAGGUGACAGCUAUGUUGUCAAGAUGGGCUUGGAAAAUGGAAGCUUGGCCAGCUUGAUGCUGCCAAGCGGCUUGAUCACAUCAUACAAGGCUCCCAUGUGGCAUGGGGGGACGCUAGAGGUGCUGCACACAACAGUUACAGAGGAGGAUAGUGGCGCUGUUAUUCAAGGAGGGGUAUCUUUAGCCUUGGAAUGUGAAAGUGAUGGUGGGAAUUCAUGGUCUCCAAGUUCUUGGAUUCUUCAAGAUGUUAGAGGAAAUGCUGAAGAGCUAAUUCAGGUAGAAAUGGUUAGCAGCGACUCAGAGAAUAUGGCUGAAGCUAAAUACAUUGUGACUCUCCAACAAGAUAUAAUAAGCUCGGAGAUUGUAAUAUCAAACUUAAAAUCUUUGCCCCUCCAACUGACUGGCUCUGUCAUCAGUCAUCUGACAGUCAGUAACCUGGAUGCAACUUAUGCCAUUGGAUUAGAAGGAUCAAAUUUCUUCAGCAGGACACCAUUUUUGUCGAACUUUGGUUUAAUUCCCCCAGACUUUGGCCAGAAAAAUGAAGUGGGUUCUAGCCAAUUAUGGGGACAACCUGGGAUCAGGAGAUUUUUAUCUGGCUCGAAUGCAAAAAACCAGAACAAUGCAGACCAAGUAGAAAGAAUAAAAAAGGAAGAAAUGGAAGGUGAAGAGGAAGACAACUACAAGCAGUUGAGUAGUGAAAUGAGCAGGAUUUACACCAGUGCACCACGGAACUUCACCGUCAUUGACAGGGGCAGAAGAAAUUCUGUUGUAGUAGGAAGAGAUGGGUUCAAGGAACUGUACAUGUUCAGUCCUGGCUCCACCCAUGAAUGCUACAGCAAGUACACUUACAUAUGUGUAGGCCAGUCAGCUGUUCUUAAACCAAUAAUCCUAGGUCCUGAAGAUGUAUGGAGAGGUGGGCAACAUUUACACAACCCAAAUCUCUAAAUCAAUGUGAGCCUGAGGCAAGCUUGGCUUUUAUCUUCUUUAUAUGCAGAUAUCAGAUGAUCUUCUUGAGUAUUAAUACAUGCAGUGUUUCAAUGCA